GCAGCCGCGCAGGGAUGGCGCCCAUGGAAGGCAUCUCAGAGACAGCGACGAAAUGGCAGAAAGAGGACGUUGCAUCGGUGGAAGCAUCUAUGAACUGGGCGAUCGACACGCCGAACAACUUCGCGGCGUCGGUGGACGGCAGCAACGCUUGUAGCCAGGCCGUGGUGACCGAGACGAUCAAGCUGCGCGAGAUCAGCGAGAUCUACACGGCUCGCAACGGCAAGAGCACUAACCCUAACGAGGGCGAGCAGUUGUGGGGGGAGGGCAUGGGCACGAUCGAGGAGGUUCUGGAGAAGCUCGACAAGUUCCCGGGCCACAACUUGAAGGCAGCAGUGAGGAUGUUAAUCGCGUUCGCGGGCGGCAGGAAGCCGCGGUCGGCG